AUGGGGAUAUUAGAUCUGGUUCUCCAGUCCUCCAGCUCUGUCUCCCUGUUGGGGACUCUGGUGGUCCUGCUCCUCGUCUACCUCCUCUCCUCCUCCAGUUUCAGCUCCCAGGAGGACAGGAAGGGACCUCCAGGACCAAAACCACUUCCCUUCAUUGGGAACCUGCUGCAGCUUGACCUCAAAAGACCGUACAGCACCCUAGUGAAGUUUUCCAAGAAAUAUGGAUCAGUAUUCACCGUCUAUUUGGGACCCCAAAAAGUGGUGGUCCUCGCUGGAUACAAGACGGUGAAAGAGGCACUUGUCAAUCGUGCUGAUGAGUUUGGAGAAAGACAUGCCAUGCAAAUUACACAUGACUAUAAUCUAGGCCAUGGGGUUUUAUGGUCCAACGGGGACUCGUGGAAAGAGAUGCGGCGCUUUGCUUUGACCAACCUGAGAGACUUUGGGAUGGGCAAGAGGGCGAGCGAGGACAAAAUCAUUGAGGAAUGUGAGCACCUCAUUGAAGUGUUUAAGAAAUAUAAAGGAGAAGCUUUUGAUUUUACCAAACCAAUGAACUGCGCAGUCUCUAAUAUAAUCUGCUCCAUUAUUUAUGGAAGCAGAUUUGAAUACGAUGAUCCAGAGUUUACCUCCCUGGUAGCUCGAACCAACAAAAAUAUUCAACUUGUGGGCUCCCCGUCAAUACAGUGGUACAACCUGUUUCCGUGGCUCGGUAAAUGGAUUCCCAACAAGCAGGAAAUGCAUUCGUUGAUUGUCGCCAACAAGAAACAGAACUUACGGCUGUUCAGUCGUUUGAAGGAGACCCUCAACCCACAGAUGUGCCGAGGCUUUGUGGACUCUUUUCUGGUCAAAAAGCAAAAUCUGGAGGAAUCUGGGAAUACCAACAGUCACUUCCACAAUGAAAACCUGUUGGUGACCGUUCUGAAUCUCUUUGCCGCUGGCACGGACACAACAGCAACCACACUGAGAUGGGGACUUCUGUUUAUGGCCAAGUAUCCUAAAAUACAGGACCAGGUCCAGGAGGAGGUGAGCAGGGUGAUCGGAAGUCGUCAGGCGCAGGUUGAGGACAGGAAGAACCUGCCUUACACCGACGCCGUCAUCCACGAGACGCAGAGGAUGGGCAACAUCGUCCCCAUGUCCCUUCCUCACCAAACGAGCCAAGACGUCACUUUCCAGGGUCACUUCAUUGAGAAGGGGACCACGGUGAUUCCUCUCUUGACAUCGGUCCUGUCUGAUGAGAGUGAGUGGGAGGAGCCUCACAGCUUUCAUCCCGCUCACUUCCUGGACAAAGACGGGAAGUUUCUCAAGCGAGACGCCUUCAUGCCUUUUUCUGCAGGCCGCAGAGCUUGUCUCGGAGAGAGCCUGGCCAAGAUGGAGCUCUUCAUCUUCUUCACCACCCUGAUGCAGCAGUUUCGCUUCACUGCUCCUCCUGGAGUCUCGGAGGAGGAACUGGAUCUGACUCCAUGCGUGAGCUUCACCCGCAGCCCUUCACCCCAUAAACUGUGUGCGGUCGCCUGCAUGUGA